AUGUCAAUAUUUUACCUUAUCGUUGCAUUGAUCCAGUCCAAGGUUGCCCCGGCUCCACUACUUCUGGAGUUUCCAAAGUCCUCAGGGGUUCUGAAAAGAAAAAAGAGGGACUGGGUCAUUCCCCCCAUCAACUUCCCAGAGAAUGACAGAGGCCCUUUUCCCAAAGAGAUUGUGAAGAUCAAGUCCAGCAAUGCUAAAGAAAUCGCAAUCACCUACAGCGUCACGGGUCCAGGAGUAGACCAGCCUCCUGUGGGACUUUUCACUAUUAACAGAAACAGUGGUUGGCUUUAUGUGACUCAGCCCUUAGACAGAGAGAGACAAGAUAAAUACACGCUAGUAACUCAUGCUGUGGGAGCUGGUGGUCAGAUAGUUGAGGACCCCAUGGAUAUCAUUAUCAGUGUAAUUGAUCUGAAUGAUAAUAAGCCUGUCUUUACACAAAUUCCAUUCCUUGGAAAUAUUCAUGAAGCAGCAAAACCAGGUACUGAGUUCAUGAAGGUUACAGCCACUGAUGCUGAUCAGCCUGGAACUGACAACUCUGAUCUCAGAUACUCCAUUGUGAGUCAGGAACCUAAACUGCCGCAUGACAACAUGUUUGCCAUCAACCCUGUGACAGGAGCUAUUCGACUGAGUUUAAGUGGUCUGGACAGAGAGAAAUAUCCCAAAUACACACUGGAAAUUCAAGUAGCAGAUAUGAGAGGAGAUGGUGCUGCAGUCCUUGGGAAAGCUGUGAUUACUGUAACAGAAAGCAAUGACAAUGCACCUCAGUUUGACAGGGACUGGGUCAUUCCCCCCAUCAACUUCCCAGAGAAUGACAGAGGCCCUUUUCCCAAAGAGAUGGUGCAAAUCAAGUCCUGCAAUGCUAAAGAAAUCGCAAUCACCUACAGCGCCACGGGUCCAGGAGCAGACCAGCCUCCUGUGGGACUUUUCACUGUGGACAGAAACAGUGGUUGGCUUUAUGUGACUCAGCCCUUAGACAGAGAGAGACAAGAUAAAUACACGCUUCAAGCUCAUGCUGUGGGAGCUGGUGGUCAGGUAGUUGAGGACCCCAUGGAUAUCAUUAUCAAUGUAAUUGAUGUGAAUGACAAUAAGCCUGUCUUUACACAAAAUCCCUUCCUUGGAAGUAUUGAUGAAGCAGCAAAACCAGGUACCGAGUUCAUGAAGGUUGAAGCCACUGAUGCUGAUCAGCCUGGAACUGACAACUCUGAUCUCAGAUACUCCAUUGUGAGUCAGGAACCUAAACUGCCAAAUGACAACAUGUUUGCCAUCAACCCUGUGACUGGAGGUAUUCGACUGGGUUUAAGUGGUCUGGACAGAGAGAAAUAUCCCAAAUACACACUGGAAAUUCAAGUAGCAGAUAUGAGAGGAGAUGGUGCUGCAGUCCUUGGGAAAGCUGUGAUUACUGUAAAAGACAGCAAUGACAACGCACCUCAGUUUGAACAGACAUCGUACACAGUGUCAGUUCCAGAGAAUGAAGUGGGAUAUGUGGUUGUGAAAAUGCCAGUCACUGAUGGGGAUGAGCCAAACACACCUGCCUUCUGGACCAAGUACAAAAUUAUUAGUGGUGACACUAAUGGAGCUUUCAACGUUACUACAGGACCCAAUAAGAUGGAGGGCAUCAUUACCACUGCUAAGCCCCUUGACUUUGAGAAAAACAUUAAGUACACACUGUUGGUGAUUGUGGAAAACGAUGUUCCGUUUGCUACCCCUCUGGCCACCUCCACUGCCACUGUCACUGUGGAUGUGACUGAUGUGAAUGAGGCUCCAGUCUUUAAACCACCUGAAAAAACUAUUUCCAUGCGUGAAGACCUGCCUUUCACCAGUGAUUUGGCUCUUUAUACAGCCACAGAUCCAGACACAACCGAGACAGAGAAAUUGUUGUAUGAGAUAGGCAAUGAUCCUGCUGGCUGGCUUAAUGUUAACAAAAAGACUGGACAGAUCACACUCAAGAGCUCCAUAGACAGAGAGUCUGCUUUUGUCCAAAACGGCAAAUACAGAGCUCUCAUUUUCGCCUCUGAUAACGGUGAUCCUCCUGCUACAGGCACUGGAACUCUAAUUAUUGAAGUUGAAAGUGUGAAUGAAAAUGCCCCCACUAUAAAAACAAGAACCAUCACAGUCUGUAACAGAGACCCUCAGCCAGUUGAGUUUCCUGUUACUAAUAUGGAAAACUCAGGCCACUCUGCUCCACUCCGUGUGAAACUUAUGGGAAUGUCUGAAUCCUACUGGACUGCCAGAAUGAAUGAUGCAGCCCUAGAUCCUGGCACCACAGGGACUGUGGUGCUGGGCCCAAACAUCUCUGGGGCUGCGUCCACUCCUGGGUCUGUCCUGGGUCACUCCGGGUUCUGUCUCGGGCCCCCUGUAUCCCAAAGAAGCACCUUCUUCAAGCAGUGGCUCCGAAGGCGCCAUGGAGGAUGCGCUGCCCAGCGCGCCAUGGAGGAUGCGCUGUCCUGUUCCUUAGGCCGCUUUCCCGGCCCAGGUCAGCUCCCAAGCUGA